AUGAGAAACAAACAUUCCUGUAUCAAUAGAAAAGGGAAAUUAUUACCUGUGGAUGAAUGUACAUCAACAAUAAUGACAAAUUCCGAAGAGCUGUCACGCAGGCGAGAGAACACGGCAAAAGGCAAUCAUACCACAGUGACCGAAUUUGUCCUCAUGGUAUUCACAGACCAUCCUGAGAUGCAGCUCCCCCUCUUUGUGGUGUUCCUGGUCAUUUAUCUCAUCACCCUCGUGGGAAACCUUGGCAUGAUCCUGCUCAUCAGAGCAGACUCACAGCUCCACACCCCUAUGUGCUACUUCCUCAGUCACCUGGCAUUCAUUGAUCUUUGUUACUCAUCUUCCACUGGGCCCAAGAUGCUGCAAAAUUUAUUGGUGAAGAAAAAAACCAUCUCCUUUUCAGGCUGUUUUGCUCAGCUGUACUUCUCCAGUGCUUUCACAACUACAGAAUGCUUCCUCUUGGCCACGAUGGCCUACGACAUCUGCAACCCCCUGAUUUAUACAGCUAUUAUGACGCAGCAGGUCUGUAGGGAGUUGGUGAUAGGGGUCUAAACCUAUGGCUUCCUAAACUCUGUGAUACAGACAGCUCUGACAUUCCAGCUGUCUUUCUGUGACUCCUAUGUCAUCCACCACUUCUACUGUGCUGACCCCCCUCUUCUGGCCUUCUCCUGCUCUGACACCCACAGCAAAAAGCAGCUCAUGAUCUUCUCUGCAGUAAAUCUCACUGGGUCCCUCCUGACCAUCUUCAUCUCCUACAUUUGCAUCCUCUUUUCCAUUAUAAAAAUCCAGUCUUCCAAGGGCAAGUGCAAAGCAUUUUCCACCUGUGCCUCCCACCUCACUGUGGUCACCAUCUUUUAUGGAACACUGUUUUUCAUGUACCUGCAGCAACCAAAAGCAGGGAAUUCAUGGAAGCAAAACAAAGUAGUCUCUGUGUUUUACAGUCUUGUAAUUCCCAUGCUUAACCCUCUUAUCUACAGCCUGAGAAACACAGAAGUAAAGGAUGCCCUGAAAAAAAUGCUAGAGGGCAAAGAGUUAUAG